AUUAAAAUUUGAAGAAAAGGAAACCGGAAGCCGUUAGCAGAGUUAGCUUGUUGUUGUUUUGGUGUGUGAUGUGAAUAUAUGAGGCUCUGCAGUAAAAAUAUUUUCACUCUGAGAGACAUGAUCAGCUAAAGCCACUAACCGAUAUCUUCUCACCAGGCUGUGGAAACUUUCUCCUCCUCAACAACUUGGUGCGAGUUCUUUCCAGAACCAGAGAAGAUAUUCUGCGGUCUUCGUGACAAUCGGAGCUCCAAAAGCAGGUGAUGGGUCAGAAAAGCUUUUCUCUAGACUUCCUGUCCUCUGGGUCUGCUGCUGUUCCUUUGGCCUCUCUGAGAAACGCGCUCGUUUAGCUGCUUUCAUCAGACUGAAGAGGUUCCCUCUAUCAGACUCGCUCAUCUGAGUUGGUCAUGAUGCAGGAUCGCUGCUCGCUCUCUGAUCCAUCCUGCUCACACUCUCCGACGGAAAAGCCCCGAAUCUGAAUGUGACUCUGGAGGAAAAAGCGGUCAGCUCUACUCCGUGAACUCUGCUGUUAGCUAAACACGGCUAAAGAAAACCUGCUCCCACUUCAGGAUCAUCCAUCAGCUGGGACUGAUUCAUCGUGUUUACUUCACCAUCUGGAUCUGGACAGCAUGGAUACAGAUUUUCACCAGACGGUUAAAGAAGAAGCUCUUGAAGAUCAGAGUGCUGGUGUGGUCCAGCAGGAUCCAGAACAGUUCCACAUGAAAGAAGAACAGGAGGAAGUCUGGACAAGUCUGGAAGGAGAGCAGCUCCAUUUGAAGGAAGAGACUAAUUCUGCCAGGUUUCCAUUCACACCAGUUUCUAUAAAAAGUGAGGAUGAUGAAGACAAGCCUCUGUUGUCACAGCUUCUUUAUCAGCAGCAAAUAGAAGACAGAGACGUUUCAACCAGCAGCUCAGCUGACCAGACAACAGCAGAAACUGGUAGAGGAGCAGAAUCUAGCAGGAACCCAGUUCUGAACCCUAAUGAACAGAUAUCUGAUUCUUCAGAGACUGAAGUUAGUGAAGAUGAUGUGAAUCUAAACGAUGAGUUGUUAGACUCUGGGCCUGAAAGUGGAGAUGGAGACAAUGACAGCAAUGAGAGCAGGUCUUUUGAAUCUGAUGUAAAGACUGUCAAGAAACCCUUUAGCUGCCCUGAGUGUGGUAAAGAGUUUCUCCACAAGUGGUCUCUCCAGAGACAUGUGAGAGUGACGAGUCAUUCAGCAAUAAGAUCUCCAGGAUGUUUGGUUACUAAGAAAAAAGUUAGAGUAAAGCAACAUGUGGACUCAUGCAGGAAAGUCCAGACAGAGCCAAAAUCAUUCAGUUGUGACAUUUGUGAAAAAAUAUUUAGUCAUAAUAAUAAAUUAAACAGACACAUGAUUGUCCACACUGGACAGAAACCCUUUACGUGUGAGCUCUGUGGAAAAAGCUUUAAUCGAAGAACAAAUUUAAACACUCACAUGAGAAUCCACACAGGACAGAAACCCUUUGCGUGUGAGCUAUGUGGAAAAAGCUUUAAUCAAAGGACACAUUUAAACACUCACAUGAGAAUCCACACAGGACAGAAACCAUUUGCUUGUGAACUCUGUGGAAAAAGUUUUACUCUAAGGUCAAAAUUAAACAGACACAUGAGAGUCCACACAGGACAGAAACCCUUUGCAUGUGAGCUUUGUGAACAAAGAUUUAGGCAUGAAUCAACAUUAAACACUCACAUGAGAGUCCACACAGGACAGAAACCAUUUGCAUGUGAGCUUUGUGAACAAAGAUUUAGGCAUGGGUCAAAUUUAACUAGUCACAUGAGAGUCCACACAGGACAGAAACCAUUUGCUUGUGAACUCUGUGGGAAACGUUUUACUAUAAGGACAAAAUUAAACAGACACAUGAGAGUCCACACAGGACAGAAACCCUUUGCGUGUGAACUCUGUGAACAAAGAUUUAGGUAUAAAUCAACAUUAAACACUCACAUGAGAGUCCACACAGGACAGAAACCAUUUGCAUGUGAACUCUGUGAACAAAGAUUUAGGCAUAAAUCAACAUUAAAAAGUCACAUGAGAGUCCAUACGGGAAAUAAACCCUUUGCAUGUGAGAUAUGUGGAAAACUUUUUACUCAAAAGACAGCUUUAAACACUCACAUGAGAGUCCACACAGGAAAUAAACCCUUUGUGUGUGAACUCUGUGAGCAAAGAUUUAGUUUUAAGGCCACAUUUAACAGACACAUGAAAGUCCACACAGGACAGAAACCAUUUGCGUGUGAACUCUGUGAACAAAGAUUUAGGCAUAAAUCUACAUUAAACAGCCACAUGAGAGUCUACCAAGGACACAACACAUGUAUUUAAAGUGCAAGUCACCUCCAAAUUAACUUUUUUUUACCGAUAAAUGGAAUAAACAAGUGACUAAAAAUGCUGUUGUCAAGUGAGGUCAUUAUAUUUGCAUUUUAGUGCAUCUUAUUUAAAAUUUAAACAUUCGGCUUGAAACUUCCAGUGUAGCGCCCUUAUCAGCUUAAAGCUCUGCACCAUGGACAUGAAUACAUAAGCUGUUUUUAUAGGACCAUAGCGUUUGCAAAACAGGAUUUGCCGCGGCUCCCUGGGGAGGAUUUUGGCAUUUAUAGUAGCAAAGCUGAAGCUAGAAUAAACUGCUAUCAGGCACCUCUCAAACCAAGACGAGAUAAAGGGAGGUCGCUGGGCACUGUAGGGUUGGGCAUCAUAUGAUUAUGAAUGAUUCCGAUUCCAAGUCCUCGUUUCGAUUCCGGUUCCUAUAGAUUUCCGAUUCUUUCAAGACAUGAUAUGUUUUACACGAGCCAGCUAACCACAGGUCCUACUUGAUGAAAUAAUUUUAACUUCAUUAUGAAUUUUAAUUCUAUGAACAACAACAUCACCUUCAUUUAGACAAAAACAUGUUUUGGAGAAAAAAAGAUAAAGACUUUCAGCACAACCAGUGUGUUUGUUUCUGACCACAACCAAAGUCUGGAAGAAGCCUCUGGGAUGAGUGUUGUGAAUUAUUAUAAGAGCAGGGGGGGUUAUAUUAAUGCUAGUAACAAAUAGAAAUGACUAUUAUGUUAGUUCAUGGAAAUGUUGAGUUUGAAUGUUCACCAAGGACAUAUUAUUUAGUUAUAUGAGACAGUAUUUCUGAUUUGAAAUUAGUUAAGAGGCUCAGUAUUGUGUAAUCUUUAAAACUUCAUUACCCAUGAGACUUAGCGUGUUCCCAGAAGGCUUAACGAAAAAAACCAGGAAGUAGAGAAAAAACUGGCGCUAAGAGCAGACAUGUGACUUUCCUGUAAGGUGUUCUAAUUCGCUAAAGUUCGAGUUCAGCUAGACAAAGUCUCGUCUCAUUCUUUAUUUUGAAGAAGCUCGGUUGAGCUACAAUAAUGAGAGACUAAAUGUCUCCCAACAUAUCCAGAAACGUCCAGCUGUUUUAAGCUGAAACUCUCAGGAUGAUCACGUCCAGGAUGACUGAGAACUACACCUCCAUGCUGCAGCAGCAUUCAGUCAGAACAGGAAGUGAAACUUAAAUGUAGCUGCUGUCAGUAACAAUCUAACAGAUUUUAAACAUUAAAACUCUCAACAGAAAUAGUUAAGAAAGGAAAUUAAAAUGUUUACAGCUUUGUGUGUAAUUUAUUAUUAUUAUUAUUAUUCAUUGUGGCAGAAGCUGGUGUGGUCCACCACAGAGAAGCUGCACUAGCAUGAUGACUUUAAUUAUUCUACAGGUUAUUGUUCAGUCUUCUGACGCUCACACACACACACACACACACACACACACACACACACACACACACACACACACACACACACACACACACACACACACACACACACACACACACACACACACACACACACACACACACACGAGUGUUGGUGAGCAGCUGCGUCUGACUGCUGAUGCUCUGUGUGUGUUUUUAUUUCUGCAGUGAGACAAAGUCACCUCACACCGUCCAGAGUUUGUUCUUCAAUCUUCUAUUAAAUCCACCGUGUUGACGUAUUUUAACAAGUUUCCUCUAUGCUGCAGGAGUUAAAGUUUACAUUAUGGAGUAAAAGUUCGGCAGACGCGUUUGUUUAUAUCUGGCCGCUGCGCGUUGGGUGGGGGGAGGGGUGACUCGGUGCUGCACACAGACAGCUGGUGUGAUCAGCUAUGAAAAGCAUUGAUCACAAUUUGCAGAUCACGUUUAUUUUUCACGGAGAUCGGCCGUGGAUUCCUCUUCCGUCGGCACACUAGGAAUCGAAACUAGGAAUCGAAAUAAAAAAUGUUGAGCGAUUCCGGGAAAAAUGAACAGUUGGAACCGGUUCCAAUCGAUGCUUGAUUCUCGAUACCCAACUCUACUGGGCACCUAUUAUCACCUUUCCCCUUUGAUCCUUGCCGCAUUUACGAGACCCAAAAAUUAGGAUUUAUCACUCUGUAAUGACCCGAUGGUUAGUCUUAUAAAAGAGGCUAUAGAUGCCCCAUUGGGCGCUGGAGAGCGUAACAGCAUCUCCGCCAUAUUGGAUGGGUCUCCUCACUCUCCAAACUCAAUGCAGAGUGAGCUACUAUUCAAUUCAACUCAAAAAUACUUUAUUAAUCCCAGAGGGAAAUUGAUUCCCGUUUCUAUUCAGCCUCCGGUUACAACAACUGGCAUACUGUUGAAAAUAGAUCACAUGGGAUUAUAACUGAUAACUAUUGAAAGUCCAAAAUUAAGUAACUCAGAAAAUUAGAAUAUCAGUUAAGACCAAUAAAAAAAGGACAUUUAGAAAUGUUGGCCUGAUGAAAAGGCGGCGCAGUGGUUAGAGCUGUUGCCUUGCAGCAAGAAGGUCCUGGGUUCGCUUCCCAGCCUAAGAUCUUUCUGCAUGAAGUUUGCCGCGUGGGUUCUCUCCGGGUACUCCGGCUUCCUCCCACAGUCCAAAAACAUGACUGUUAGGUUGAUUGGUCUGUCUAAAUUGUCCUUAGGUGUGUGUGUGUGUGUGUGUGUGUGCGUGAUUGUUUGUCUCUGUGUUGCCCUGUGAUGGACUGGCACUCUGUCUAGGGUGUACCCCGCCUGAUUGCCCAUUGACAGUUGGAGAUAAGCACCAGCGCCCCCGCAACCCUACGUUCAGAAGAUGGAUGGAUGGAUGGAUGGAUGGGUGGAUAACCUAAUGAAAAGUGCAGCAAUGCGGAGUGGCUUUCUGAACUGUUAGUUUAAUCCAGGGGUCCCCAACACAUCGCUCGUUUGACGUGAACAAAAUAGUUUUUUUCCUUACAUUCCUAACCUCAGCUGUUCACAUUUAUACAACCAAAGGUUAAUAAAAAUGGUCAGUUUUUUAUACUUACUUUUGCUGGCUUUUGUUUUCUGUUUGAGUAAUAUCACUUGAUCAAGUCCUUUAUACAGUCCACACUAUGAAAUAUGUAAAAAUAUGUAUGAUUUGUGCCAAUAUCGUAUCAGAUUGAUAUCGGUAUCGGUCAAUACUGAAGGCUGCAAUAUCGGUAUCGUAUAGGAAGUGAAGAAAGUUGUUUCGGGACAUCCCUAAUCUGCAGUAACACCUUGUUAACGCAAAUUAAAUGCCGUCCGUUCAUGAACACAUGAUAAACACUCAGGCUUCCAAACUGUGGACAUCUCCUGUGAUUUAGUUUCAACAAAUUUCCUUCAACAGCUGAUUGCCCCAUUUAGUAAUAAAAUAUGAUUGUGAACUCUCUCUCUCUCUCUCUCGUUCUAUCGCUCUCCCUCUCUCUCUCUCUCUUGCUUGCUCGCUCUCUCUGCUCUGCUCUGUGUGCACAGCCGUCAGACCCGUGGAGAAAAAAAACAAACUACACCUAUAACUAGAUCUCCAACCUUAAUAUUGUCAGCAUUAAAUGCAGCUAAGCAUAAUUUACCUGCAGUUAUUCAACAGUGAAGCAAAACUAACUUUCAUGAGCAAAAAAAUCUAUAAAAGUUAUUCAAUAAAUCGGGAAUGCAGGAAGAAAUGUCUUCUUUUCUCUUUACUUUUUUACAUUUUUCACUCCAGUUCAAACUAUUUAAUUUAUGUUUUCAUCACAUUUAGCUUGUAUUUUAUUAAAAAAAACUUCAGCUUUAUUCAUUUUAUGAGACAAUUAGUUUUGCAUUGUUUGGAAAAAAUAAUCAUAACAAAACAAUUACUUGAAAACUUUUGUAGUAAAUGCCUUUUAAAUAUCAGAAAAUUUUAUUUAAAAGGCAUUAAAUAGUUUCUGUAAGUAUUUGUUCAUUUAUGACAAACUAUGAAAAACUGACUUGGCUGCUUAGGUUCUGGGCAGGGCUCAGGGUCAGCGACUGAACAGGAACAGGUUAGCUUUUCCUGUGUGCUCAAAAAGUUCUGUUACUGAUCCGUUCUGAAGUAAAUGUCAAAUUGUUCACACGACAUAGAUUUGUAUUUCAUUAUCUGAAAGUAUCUGAUUAGUUAAUAAACAAAAUGUUGCAGGUAAAUAAAACUUUUCUGUGUUUUAAAAAGAACUAAAAGAUGGAGUUAGAAUUUCAACACAGCAAGAACACACCAAAGAUGUUUAAACAAAAUGUUUUGUUUGAUUUUCAGAAUGUCGCUAUUUUCCUUGUAAUUAUUUUAUAAUAUUGAUGUAUAGAAAAAUCUGCUUGUGAAUACAAUGCAUGUUAAUAUAGUGAGUAUAGCAUUUUUAACAUAAGCAUAUUCACACAUGGAAAAUAUUAAUGUGAAUAAAUCGUAUGGCAGUAGCUGUUCGGUUCUUAUAUUGUGUAAAAGUAGCUCACGGGCCAUAAAAGGUUAGAGACCACUGGUGUAAUCCAUCAUUCAGGUGUUCUGAGUGGGUUCUGUUGUCCUUUUAGGUAAAGCAGCUGUUACAGCUUGUUGGAGAUAUCUUACAAUGUUUGUUUCACUUAUUUUUAUUUGACUUUUAUAUUAUUAUUUAGUUUCAUGAGGCAUAAUCGUUUCACUUAGAUUAACGUUGACUCUGCUACUAAGUGUUGGUUCUAGAUCUUAGCAAUGAUCUUUAUGCUUCCUGCUUUGUUUCUUCUUAUUGUCGUCAGAAUUAAAAGCUUGAAUCCAGGACUGUUUUCUCAUAGUGUGAUAAGUCUCUAAUAAAAUCCUACAACACUACA